ACAUAUACAACGGUUGGCAAGGUCGCAUGUGGCCGCGGUCUGUAUAUCUCUUCUAUGGUUUCAAAAUGUUCUGACGACAGUACUCUUGGUUGUCAACCACUCUCUGAUUCCGAGAAUCCCAGCCAUGCACCUCACUGCUGUAUUCAAGCUGGCGAAGAUGGCAGCGAUUCCCAGGCAAUCUGAAACGGCAGGCCACACCGGCACGGGGCGCUGGGCAGCUGUUGAGCAUUAUUCGAGAUAAUUCUCGGUCCGGCGGCCAGUCGUUACUCGACAAUCGCCGGAGAGCUGCAGCCAGUUUGACUUCGCUACGCUUUGAUGCGAAGUAAGUGGAUUCCUAUAGCCGAUGCUGAUCUGCUGCGCUUGCUUGACGACCGCCCUCACGUUGUUUUACGAAGAAGCCCUGGCGGACGUCUAGGUUCUCAAGGCCGGGCUCCGACUCCGUUUUGGUAGGGUUUUAGAGAGCUGAUAUGUCUCCACCCUGGACCGUUCAUGUGUCGCUGCCUCUUCCCCGGGAGAGACGGGGAGAGACGGGGAGGAACGCAUAUUAUGCACCUGCAGCCGCGCUCGCUCAGCCUGAUCAUCGCUGUUCCUCUUUGUGCAAAAGCACUAGAACCAGCCCAACAAGCUGGCUGUCUGACAGGUUUUAGUAAUUGCAUCAGACACGCCCCUCGAACCCUCUCUAUCCUGACACCCUUCGCUUACGAUCCCAUGGAAUUGACGGGCGCCGUUCGCGUUGCGCUAGCACCAAGAACCGGCAUCUAAAAGUUCAUUUGGACUCGACCAGCUUGUGACCUGACUAUAUCGUCCUUCCAUUCUUUUGUGUGCCUGGGGCCCGAUAGCUUAUAAGCAGGCUGGUCUUGACUGACUUGCCCGUUAUCACCCGCUCGCUCAACGUCUCCGUUGCGCUGUUCGCCUCUGCCAUGAGUUUUGCUGCGGAUGUUACGCCGAGCGUCUCGAGCACGUCUGUAAAGUCCAUUGAGAAGCAAGUAACGAUGGCGGACGAGAAGUCCGUUGGUGAUGUCUCGUCGCUCGAGCAUAACGCGAAGGGGUCGUACAUGGCUGCCUUCCCAAACAUCGAGGAGAGUGCGCUUAUGCGCAAGAUUGACAUGCGCGUCAUACCGUUCAUUUUCAUUCUGAAUUUCUUUACUUUCCUUGAUCGAGUCAAUAUCUCGAACGCUGCAUUGUUCGGUUUGAAGCAAGACCUCGACCUGAAGGGGAACGAGUUCAAUACUGUUCUUUUGAUCUACUUUGUAACUUAUAUCACAUGUGAGAUGCCGUCCAACAUGCUCUUGAAGCAUUUCAAACCUCAUGUAUGGCUUCCGAUAUGCAUCUUUGGCUUCGGUUUCGUCACUAUCAUGGAGGGUCUAACCAAAAGUUAUGGUGGAAUUUUGGUAGCCCGCUUCUUCUUAGGCUUUUUCGAGAGUGGUAUAUUUCCUGGGUGCCUGUACCUGAUAUCAAUGUGGUAUCGACGUGCAGAGGCGUCCAAACGAUUCACCUUCUUCUUUCAUUCGAACAGUCUCGCCGGAUCUUUUGCUGGGCUUCUUGGUUAUGCGAUUGGACAUAUGGACGGUAUGCGAGGCCUUCACGGAUGGCGUUGGAUUUUUAUACUUGAGGGGACACUGACCUGCGUUGUCGCCUUCGCCCUAUUCUUCAUGAUCUCUGACUUUCCGGAAGAGUCUGCGUGGCUCAGCGAGGAGGAGAAAGCCUUUGUUAAGGCGAGACUAGCAGACGACGUCGGUGACUCCGGCAGGGACGAGAAGCUCAAGCUUGCAGAUGUGCUGCGACCCUUCAGAGAUUACAAGAGCUACCUCGGGGCUCUGAUGUAUUUUGGGCUUAUCGUCCCCGCGUAUGGCUUUGCGUACUUUUCCCCAACAAUUAUCCAAGGAUACGGUCACAGCGCUCUGGUUACCCAGCUUCUCAACAUUCCCCCAUACUUUUGUGCGUUCGUAUUCGGCAUGACGGUCGCAUGGCUCUCGGAUCGUCUUGGUUGUCGGUUCCCCUUCGCAAUGUUGGGGUCGUGCAUCGGUCUCGUCGGUUUUGCGAUCUUGUAUGCGGUGCACAACAGCACGCACCUGGAGUAUGCUGCGCUCUUCCUCGCUGCCACCGGUAUCUACACGGCAAUGCCGAUGGUCCUGUGCUGGUGCAGCAUGAACGUUCGCGGCCACGCUCAGCGCUCCGUAGGCUUGGCCUUCCAAAUUGGCGCGGGCAACUGUGGUGGUAUCAUUGCGGCAUACUCGUUCCUCACGAAGGAUGCUCCAAAAUACCUGCCAGGUUAUAGUAUCUGUAUAUCGUUCACUUGCCUGGCGAUCGCGGCGAGCUGCCUCUACUAUGUUGGUAUCUCGAGAGCGAAUGCUGCAAAGCGCAAGCUUGCUGGCUCCGAGUCCACGGCCUUGUUCAUUUCAUAAAGUUGUCAUACCGCGUAUCGUGAUUAUGGUCAUACAUAGCGCCACAGGAUUUCUUUGGUGAUACAAUAUAUUACUAUCAAAUUCCGGGAUUCCUAUACUUACAUGCUACCUUUAACACCACCGUGGUGGUGAUACCCCUCUCAUAUGAACUCGAGGACGUACUACCGCAUAGCGGCGGCGAUGAUAUUCGC